AUGACAAUGAUAUUCUGCCUCCAAACAACCGCCCUCAUCCCUAUCGCCGACAUCUUCCUGGUCGGCCAAACAGCUGCCCUCGCUUGGGAAAUGCCCACUGACCCUGCCAUAUUCCACAUGUUCAAAGGAGAGAAGGUAGCUCAGCGCAGGAAUGACCAUCAGAAGAAUACUUACUAUCUGAACAAGCAGGGGGAGGUUAUAGCCAAAGUGCCUUAUAAAAGAAAACCCAUCAACCCAGUAUUCGCGAAAAGAAGCAUUGAAGACAAACAAACUUACAAAGAGAAGUUAAAACAGUUAAAAAUCGAUCGAGCUAAAAUGCAUGAGACUCAACUGAAGAAGAAUUAUUUAAAAAAACAUCAUCUAGAUAAAAGAUCCAUCGAAUUCCAUAGAAACAGCCGGUUGAGUUUACUAGAGAAGUUAGAAACUUUCUUCAGUGCGUUAGGUCAGGAUGGAAGGCAAUGCGUUCUUCAUAAACUAUGCUUGGCUGGACAGGGAUAUACACAGCAGGGCACGUUCCGACAGGAAAUGCUUAGAACAAUAUUCACAUUACCUAAGGGUUCCUUCGAUGAAGAGUACGAUGAAGCUCACGCAGCGAACAAGGACUGCGAUAAGCUGUACACGUGCGAUAGCUCCUCUGAAUCCGUGGAUUUUUGA